CGAAUGUUGCUGUUGUAUCGCUAUUGUACUAUUUCUCCUAAUGGUUUUGCUUUAUGGAGAGAAGUUGAUUCCCUUUUAUCAGACGCCAUGAAUUUUCUUUUUGAGAAUAAAUAAAGAUUCAACAUUUCAUUUUAUUGGCUAAUAAAAACAUCUGCCUUUGGUUUCUACGCGUGUACAAAGAACAAUCUUUUAUCUCCAUUUUAGUCCAACUUUUUCUCUCUAUUUUCUUCACCUUUCUCUCAGAAGGGGAGAGAGAAUUUGCGAGAAUAUCGCAAGAAUUUAUCUUGAGUUGUUCUGAAAGAAGAUAGCAUGUAAUGCUCCAGGAAAAUGAAAAAUUCAAGAUCAGAUGAAUGUAGAUAAUAUUUUUUGAUGCUGAAACAGUUUUUGCUUUGUGGGUCGUUUUUGUUUUGCAUUGAAUCCAAAGAUAGUCUCUCUCUUGGAAUUGAAAUUCUUGAAUUUUUUUUUUCUGUUUCCCAUCAGAAAAAUGAUUUCUGGGUUUUGAUUGAAUUUCAUAAAUUUCAACAUAGUUUCUUAAAAGAGGGAAAAAAACAUUGAAAGACUUCAGUUUUUUAUUCUUAAUAGUUUGUCUAAACGUCUAGUUGUAUUCUCGCCAUUCCUUCUCUUCUCCCAUUAAUUUCUUUCGUUUCUCCUUCUCCAAUUAUUUUCUCUCCCUGUUUUUCCUUUCCUCUUCUCUUUUCCUCAAGAAAAAGAAUCGGUGAAAACUCUCUCUCUCUCUCUCUCUCUCCCCAUUGAAGAGCCAGGAUGUUUUUUCACAAGAAUUCAAUGCAAUCAAAUCUUGACAAUCUUUUGGAUUACACAACUCCUUCAAUCCCUUCUCAAUUCCUAUCCAAGACUGAGACGAGGAAGCUUAAUAGGCUGUGGAAUCCUUUUGAAAGAGAAACAGUAGAGUAUUUUUCAUUGAAUGAUCUUUGGAAUAGCUAUGAUGAAUGGAGUGUAUAUGGCGCUGGCGUACCAAUCCGUCUUGCGAAUGGCCAAAACUUAGUUCAGUACUAUGUGCCUUAUCUAUCUGCUAUUCAAAUCUUCACCAGCAAUUCUUCUAUAAACUAUUCAAGGGAAGAGGCUGAGUCGUCAUGUGAGACUAGGGAUUGCUUUAGUGAUUCAUUCAGCGAAGAGAAUGAAAGCGUGAGCGAAAAGCUGCUGACAUGGGACAGAUGUUCCUCCGAGGAAGUAGUACUCGAGCAGGAUAACUUCUGGCAUCCCAAUGAUCGAUUGGGUUAUCGGAACUUUGAGUACAUCGAAAAAUCUUCUCCUUGUGGAAGAGUUCCUCUGAUGGCUAAGAUAAGGGGCUUAGGACAAAGAUACCCGGCAUUGAUGUCGUUAAGAAGUGUAGAUCUUUCCCCUGCUAGUUGGAUGGCAGUUGCUUGGUACCCAAUAUAUCACAUUCCCAUGGGAAGAAGCGAAAAAGACUUGUCGACUUGCUUUCUCACAUUUCACACCCUUUCGUCUACUUUUCAAGAUAUGGAACUUGAAGACGACUCUGUAAGUACUGAAAGGAAGAAAAGAGAGGAAGGAGAUGAAAUCUCUCUCCCUCCAUUUGGUUUAGCCACUUAUAAGAUGUACGGUGAUGUGUGGGUUUCUGACAAGAGGGGUAAGGACCUAGAGAAACUGGUAUCGCAGUUUAACAUUGCAGACUCGUGGCUAAAGCAACUUAGUGUUGAUCACCAUGACUUCAAAUACUUUGCCCAGAGGUGUGGCUAAGUCGAUAAACAACGCUUCCUCUUGUGUGGACAUUGAAGAAGGUGAAUUGAAUUCCCGAAUCCUUUUUUGUCACUACUCUGGUUUGAUGUUUGCUAGAGAGAAUGAGAAACUGAGUGGCCUUAAAGUGAUAAUAUUGUAGUUGCAUAUGACUCUGGUAGCAUAAAAGACAUUUGACAGUGGACCAGAUUCCAUUUUUUGUUAUGAGUUCUACAACUUCGUAGUUGAGAAUUGUAUGUACCUUUUAUGGAAUGAGAUGAAAAAAGAGGGAAGCCUUAGGGGCUUUUUAAUUGGAGUUAUUCAAUGGUUUACUUAAA